UUGACUCUUGACUUAUAAAUGUAAAUUCAUUGACUUCCAUUUCGAUAAAGUUUCUUGUACGCUCAUUCUUGAAACCAAAGUUGAAAAGGUCGAACCAAAAGCAAAAGAUCCAAACAUCACGAGCUUCAGAUCCUUGUCUGUUCACUAACUCCCUCCUUUUUGCAGAGAUGGUGGACGCUGUGGUAACAGUGUGUCUCGAGAAAGCCGUGAACAUCCUCGAAGAAAAAGGCCGAGUUGUGUCGGAAUACAACAAACAGCUAAAAGAUCUGCAAGACGAGUUGCAGUAUAUGCAGUCUUUUCUCAAAGACGCAGAGAGGCGUAAGAGGACCAACGACGUCUUGCGCAGACUGGUGUCAGACUUGCGAGAACUGGUUUACGAAGCUGAGGACAUACUCGUGGACUGUCAGCUCGCGGAUGGUAAUGAAGCCGAGGACGACAACAACAACAACAACGAGCAAAGACCAUCAAACGCGUGGCUUUCACGGCUCUACCCUGCUCGUGUUUCGCUUCAGUACAAGAAAAGCAAACGACUCAAAGAGAUCAACGAGAGGAUAUCAUCCAUAAAGACUAAAGUGGAGCCUUACUUCAAGUUCAGGACGCCGAGUAACGUUGGGAGAGACAAUGGAACCGAUCGUUGGAGCUCUCCCGUGUACGACCACACUCAAGUGGUUGGUCUCGAAGGAGACAAAAGAAAGAUCAAAGAGUGGCUCUUCAAGUCGAAAGAGAGCGAGUUGCUGAUGAUGGCCUUUGUAGGAAUGGGAGGGUUAGGUAAAACUACGAUAGCUCAAGAAGUGUUCAAUGACAAAGAGAUAGAGAACUGUUUCGAAAGAAGGAUAUGGGUCUCUGUGUCCCAAACCUUUACCGAAGAGCAGAUCAUGAGAAGUAUACUGAGGAACUUGGGUGACGCGAGUGUUGGAGAUGAUCUCGGAACACUGCUGAGGAAAAUCCAGCAGUAUCUUAUGGGGAAACGGUACUUGAUUGUGAUGGACGAUGUUUGGGACACGAACUUGAGUUGGUGGGACAAUAUCUACAAAGGACUGCCUAAAGGACAAGGUGGCAGCGUUAUUGUGACCACAAGAUUAGAAUCUGUCGCUGUAAAGGUCCAGGCGAGAGACAAGAGUCACAAGACUCACCGUCCGGAGCUCCUGAGUGAUGAUAACAGCUGGUUGCUGUUUUGUAAAGUGGCGUUUGCAGCAAACAAUGGUGUGUGUGAGCGUUCUGAGCUUGAGGAUGUUGGCAAGGAGAUUGUGGCCAAGUGUAAAGGCUUGCCUUUGACGAUCAAAGCUGUCGGUGGGAUGCUUCUGUGCAAAGACCAUGUCUAUCAUGAAUGGAAGCGAAUCUCGGAGUAUUUUCAAGAUGAACUGAGAGGAAACACUUCUGAAACCGACAAUGUGAUGUCUUCUCUGCAGUUGAGCUAUGAUGAACUCCCUUCUCACCUUAAGUCAUGCUUUCUCACGCUCUCGCUCUAUCCAGAAGACUGUGUUAUACCUAAACAGCAGCUAGUCCAUGGAUGGAUCGGAGAAGGGUUUGUCAUGUUGAGAAACGGAAGAUCUGCAACUGAAUCAGGAGAAGACUGCUUCUCAGGACUCACCAACCGUUGUCUAGUUGAAGUUGUUGACAAAACGUAUAGUGGAACCAUCGUUACUUGCAAGAUUCAUGACAUGGUUCGUGAUCUGGUGAUAGAUAUAGCAAAGAAUGAUUCCUUCUCUAACCCUGAAGGUGUCAACUGUCGUCACCUUGGGAUUAGUGGAAACUUUGAGGAGAAGCAGGUCAGAGUCAACCAUAGACUGAGAGGCCUAGUGUCAACAACCAAGACAGGUGAAGUGAACAAGCUUAACUCAGACCUAGCUAAGAAGUUCACUGACUGUAAGUAUCUGCGAGUUCUCGACAUCUCUAAAUCCAUAUUCGAUGCUCCUCUGUCUGAAAUCUUGGAUGAGAUUGCGAGCCUUAAGCAUUUGGCGUGUCUUAGCAUGAGCAACACACAUCCAUUGAUCCAGCUUCCUCGAUCCAUGGAAGAUCUCCAGAAUCUUCAGAUUCUAGACGCGAGCUACUGUCAGAAUCUGAAACAGCUUCAACCUUGCAUUGUCUUGUUCAAGAAACUCCUCGUACUCGACAUGACAAACUGUGGAUCACUUGAGUACUUCCCCAAGGGAAUAGGAAGCCUCGGGAGCCUCGAAGUGCUGUUGGGGUUUAAGCCGUCCAUGUCAAGCAAUGGGUGCAAGCUCAGUGAGGUUAGAAACCUCACAAACCUCAGGAAACUUGGUCUUUCUCUGACUCGUGGCGACCAGAUAGGAGAAGAUGAGCUAGACUCUUUGGUAAACUUAUCCAAGCUCAUGCUACUCUCCAUCAACUGCUAUGAUAGCUAUGGAGAUGAUCUCAUAACCAAAAUAGAUGCUCUCGCUCCUCCACACCAGCUUCAUGAGCUUUCUCUAGAGUUCUAUCCUGGAAAGUUGAGUCCAUCGUGGUUGAGUCCUAAAAGGCUUCCGAUGUUGAGGUACAUGUCAAUAUGCUCAGGUAAUUUGGCAAAAAUGCAUCAAAAAUUCUGGGAAACUGAGACUAACACUCACUGGAGAAUCGAAGCUUUGAUGUUUCAUUCCUUGUCGGAACUGGACAUGGACUGGGAAGAGCUUCAGCUGUCGAUGCCGUACCUUAGGACAGUGCACGCAAACUGGUGUCCGGAGCUAGAGACUUUUCCUAUAGAAGAUGUUGGCUUUAGAGGAGGAGUGUGGACGAAAACACCAGCACACAGGACCUGAUGAUGGCAACGUUUUUAAGCAAACAGUUCAAUGUUUAUGUAUCAGCAACAAUAAAAUUGGUGUGUAUUACAUAUAGCAUCAUCAUACAAUGUCGUGUAGCAUUUUACCGUUUGGAUAUUAUAUCGAACUUUCACUUUCUAAUAA